CUCUGUGUGUAGACUGUAGAGACUUAACCUAAAUUCCCUGAACAGACUUUCAGAACUAGCACUCACUAUCCAUAAAACCCUAAAUUCCUAUCCCCUUCCUCUAUGUAAAAAUUUACGCCUACAUUAGUUCAUACACGUAUUGUACUUAUAGUUGUGGAGUACAGCUACAACAAUGGGAGAACCCAAGAGGAAAAGAGGACGAAAACCUAAAAAACAAGUGACAGAAGACACCAUGGACUUCCAACACUCCAAUUCUGGUCCCACCACCACUUCUUCCGCCGGAGAUGACGACGUACUUCCCACCACCACCACCACCACCGCCGCCGCCGCCGCAAAUACCAACUCAAAUGCCCAAACAAUCCGCCGGGGGCGCGGCCGUCCUAAAAAGAUAGGAAAACACGGAGAGGAACCCGACACCGACGUCGCUGCCUCACCCGAAAGAAGAGGUUCUCGGUUAGUUGAUCACAAAAGUGACUGCACGGCAAAUGGUGAUAUGAGAAAGUUGGUGAUUGCGGAGGCUCCGCCGAAGUGGGAGACCGUGGUGAAGGUGGUUCCGUCCAUGGAUGCGGUGGUUAAGGUUUUUUGUGUCCACACGGAGCCGAACUUCUCGCUGCCAUGGCAGAGGAAGAGGCAGUAUAGUUCCAGUAGUAGUGGGUUUAUUAUAGGAGGGAGGAGAGUUUUGACCAAUGCCCAUUCUGUGGAGCAUCACACUCAGGUCAAGCUCAAGAAGCGCGGGUCUGAUACAAAGUACCUAGCUACUGUACUUGCAAUUGGAACUGAAUGUGAUAUCGCAUUGCUGACGGUAAGUGAUGAUGAGUUUUGGGAAGGAGUUUCACCUGUUGAGUUUGGAGAAUUACCUGCAUUACAAGAUGCUGUGACCGUUGUAGGUUACCCCAUUGGGGGAGACACUAUUUCGGUGACUAGUGGUGUUGUGUCGCGCAUGGAGAUACUAUCUUAUGUUCAUGGGUCCACUGAGCUUCUUGGACUACAAAUCGAUGCUGCUAUAAACUCUGGAAAUUCUGGUGGGCCCGCAUUCAGUGAUAAGGGCAAAUGCGUGGGUAUUGCAUUUCAAUCGAUUAAACAUGAAGAUGUGGAGAACAUUGGCUACGUCAUACCAACGCCGGUAAUUAUGCAUUUCAUUCAAGAUUAUGAGAAGAAUGGAGUGUACACAGGAUUCCCAAUUCUUGGAGUUGAGUGGCAAAAGAUGGAAAAUCCUGAUUUGCGGAUGUCAAUGGGUAUGGGACCUGAGCAGAAGGGGGUCCGAAUUAGAAGAAUUGAGCCUACAGCUCCAGAAUCUAAUGUUCUAAAGCCUUCUGAUGUGAUCCUUAGCUUUGAUGGUGUUAAUAUUGCUAAUGAUGGAACAGGAUCUCAAGACGAAGAGGAAGAUUGGUAUGGGGCAUGA